AUGAUCAAAAAGCAGAAGGGAGAGAUUCCUUGGUGGGAAUCCGACGAAGACGAGGAAGACUCUGUCAAACCGGCUCCCACUUAUGAAGAGCUCAAGGAGGCGCUUAAAACCUGCAAGGAUAAUCUCCAUUUUCUCCGACAUGAUCGGCUGUUGAUGCUUGGAUGGCACACCUUGUCACAGUUCCGCAUUACAGCAUGGGAACCUGAACUCAAAUCAUUGACGUGGAGUUGUUCGAGCUGGGGAUCAAAUAAUUGCAUCCAAGCCAGAGGAAGCAAGUAUAAGAUUCUAUCCAACGAGCAAAAAAAGGAUGUCAUUGCUAGCUUAAAGGGAUGGGUUGUUCAGGAUGACUUUGACACAACGGUCUCACGGCUCCCUCCUAACAUACGGCACACCAUCCUGAGUAAAUUUGCUUCAAUGAUCAUUUUCAAAGAUUGCCUGAGACUUUUCUUCUCAAACCCCUUCUGGUAUUUGGAUACCGGCGAUGAAUUCUCAAACAGCGAAAGCUCCGAGGUUGAGACUCCUUUUGGCGCUCAGCUGCAUACCCUGUACAAAGCGCUCCAGAAAGGGGAGCUACAGCACGCUAACCACUGGCGGGCACAGACAAUACGUCUUGCCAAUAUGACAACCCAGAACCCUGCCACGAUGGUCCGUCGAGACACGACCGUCGGGCUCGCAAAUGAAGGAGUUAUAAAGUCUAAAGCAUUUCAAUUUGCUGCCACUAAACUGGAAGACAAGGUCUUUCGAUGCCUACUCAAAGACCCAGACGAAGACAAAUUGAAGACAAGCCUCGGAAGACUAUACCAUGAGAUGGCUGUACUCGCAAAGAACUUGGCCACAUCGCAUCCGAGCCUGGGAUGGAGGGUUUUGGAUCAAAUUCCAACCAAGUUUGAUUCUCGGUCGAAGGUAAUUGAAGCGGCAUUCGUCCACGACCUCAACGAGGGUGAGACAAGGCUUAACCAGCAUAACGUGCUUGCAAUCUUUCGACCAUAUUUCUUUCGAGUUGGAGCAUGGGACGAACAUGGAGCUAAAGAGGAGAGAGUCUGUAGAGCUCACGUUUUCGUGGAAGACCCCAUAGGGCGAUGUCCUAACGAGUUCCCUUCCGAGGACGAGGAUGCGUUCCCAACAAAAAGGACGAAGAGGAAGGCCAAGAAAGCGAAGACUGAGGAAGAUGUCGAGGUUCGGACAAAGGAAUCAGCACUACAAGGCAAAGCAAAGAAGGGAACUAAAAAGAAGAAGAUCUGA